GUACGCAGUUUCGCAGUGGCUUGAGAAUUGACAGCUCGCGAGGAAAACAUGAAAUUUUAUCGUUUAAUCGGUUUUCCAGUUUAAUGUGAUAACGGUAACACAGUCUACUCUCUGCAGCACGCUGUAAGAGCUCUCAUGCUGCAGCAGCAUGAGAAAUCGAUUGCACGACUGCGUACAUGUCUUCGCCCUGGCACUGUUGCUCGAGAUAUCACUAGCACCGAUUCGCCAUGCGGAAACCAUCAACGUUACUCGCAGAGUGAAACGAGAGAUAUCCGAAGCUACUUCACAGCCGAGACAGAAUGCCAACUACGACGCGAAAGAAAUCCAAGAAGUAAACUUGAAAUACGAAAAAGGUAAUGGCAAUGUUGAAGAGAACAACACAUUUCUCAGGCAGAAGCGCGAGGUCCCGAGAAACUUCUUGAAUUCCAUAGAUGACGAUUUCCUACGAUCAAAUGUUGAAAAAUCGGUCGACGAUAACGCAGUCAACCAUUUAAACUUGCCCGAUUCAAAUGAGAAAGCGGAUUAUGCAGAAGAAGCGGACGACGAGAUAACAAGGAGACGAGAAUACGACGAGGACGAGGAGACGAGCAACCUCGUGCGUUUAUCUCGAUCUGCCGAUCUCAAGUACAUCGAUCAGGACGAAGGAUCGAGUCUGUAUGACGACUACGAGGUGAAAGAUGUCGCGAAACGCGGCGCGGAAGAUUACGAGGAAGUGGAAGAAGACUCACCAGAUGUGCUAGAAGACAUGGCCGCUGUGCGAGAGGAAGAAUCGGCAGCGGAUGAAGCUGAAAGAAGGGAAACGCGUAGCGACGCUCGAGUGAAGAGGAAUCAAGCGACUUCAGGAUCGCUUGACAACAACGUCAAGUCGAAUGCCAGCGAUUUACUGGUGUCUGAGGGAAUGAGAAGCAGCGAAAUCGCUUCAGAGCUUCGGCUCGACUCAGGAAACUUGGAAGAGUCAAAGGUGGACGAACCUUCCUCACGUCAAGUUUCUAACGUCGAAUUGUCGAGGGGAAUUGACGAGCCGUUGCUUCCUAAUAACGGUGCAUCCAAUAAGCUCGUAGGAUUCGCGUCGAACGAGGCAGUUUCGAGCUCGAGCGGCGCUUCAGCCGAAGACGCGAGCGUCGUAGAGAAACGCGCGGAGGAACGGAUACGACGGAAGAUAGACUCGAUGAAGGACGAGAUCCGACGCGACAUCGAGGCGCAGCGACGAAUCCGGGAUAUCCAGGAGAACAACGCCAAGUUUGACGAGCUGCAGGAAGAAGAGAGUCGGAACUUUGCAGAUAACUCGAUCGAGAAGCGUCAGAGUAUGGCCAAGAAGAGAUCGAUACGCGACGUCGAAGCAGUCGCCUCUUCGAAGAACGCCGACAAGAAGCGAUCUCCAAAGCGAGAAUCGUGCGAGAAACCGCAACGUCGAUCCAGCGAAACCGACAAGUCAGAUAAUAAGUCGAGAAAGCAUUCGUUGCGUGAAAAGCCGAAGAGACGAUUCGCAAAGCAUCGCGACGAGUCCUCUAAACAAAGUCCGUCGAAAGGAUUCUUCAAGAAGAAACGCGAACGCGCCAGAGAAACGAUCUUGGUGAAGAAAGAUCGUCAGCGGGCGAAAAAGAAGCACUCGAGAAGUUAUGCGUUGCCGUCGGGCGGAAGUGACGGGAAAUUGGGGAAUGAAUUAGCCCUGAAUCAGGACUUAAAUUCCUAUCUUCGUGCGAAUGAUGAAACGGUGAGAUCGAAUGGGAAUUACGGGAAAAAACCGACUAAACCGUCUAUUUUCGCGCAAAGUAUCGCAGUUGCAAAUGGAAGAUAUAAAACAGCUUGAUGAAACAAGCUCUUCUUAAGGCUUCUGCGUUCCCUCGCCGCGGCCAUCUUGAUUAAUCUUUGGAGGAUCGGAGCCGAUAUAUCGGCGCGGUGUUAGGUUUUUCUCCAUUCAAUCCAAUGACAUUGACAAAAAAGUU